AUGCGUGGCGUGGCCCCCUACCCUUUACCUGGAUUCCAGUUUGGAAGUUGUAUCAUCAUCAAGAAGACUUUCUACGACGACGUGGCGAAACCCCAAAGCCAUGGCGCAGGUACGGACAGCGGAAUUGCUGUAGAAGCAGACCCUUCUCUACCUCAAGAUACACCAUCAAUCUCGAGCGCUCCUCAAGCCGUCUCUAGUGCGGCGGUUGAAGUUCCAGUCACAACUCCUUCCGGAAGUUCCGCAAACUCUCACCUCGUCUCCGACACUCCUCUUAUCCUAUACGCCUACUCUGAAUCAGAUACAGCACGAGUCAACAUGAAGUUCUUCAUCCGGCACGGGCUACACGCCGCUGCCGACUUCGUCUUCAUCUUAAACGGGGAGACUAAUGUUUCAGCUAUAAUUCCAGAGGAGGGGAAUAUUCGGGUUGUGCAGAGAGAGAAUAAGUGCUAUGAUAUUGGGGCGUAUGCGGAGGUGCUCACGCAGGAUGAUUUGUAUAAGGGAUAUAAACGCUUCAUUUUUCUUAACGCCAGUAUCCGCGGUCCGUUUCUUCCACGUUGGGCUUGGGGAUGUUGGAGUGAUAUAUAUUUGGGGAGACUUACAGACGAAGUCAAGCUUGUUGGUAUGACAGCAAACUGCGUACCAAGCUUCCACAUCCAAUCCAUGAUCUGGGCCACCGACAUCCUCGGCCUAUCAACGCUCCUCUUCCCCAGCGAAGCGACCCUAAACGAGUACGCGGUCAACCCGCCUAAACCCUUCAACGCAGCCAAAGCCUUACUCGAAGAGACCCAGCCGCAAAGACCCGGUAUGAACUACUGCUUCCCCGACAUGACGUCGGCCGUCACAGCGGAGAUCGGGGCCUCCACGCUGAUUAGGGCAGCGGGGUACAAGGUGGAUGCCAUGAUGAGUGCGUAUGGUGAUAUGGAGAGGUAUGUGGAGAUGUGUAAGGGGGAGGAGAAGAAAGAGAAGAAGAAGGGGGAUGUGUUGUAUGAUAAAAAGUAUUUCGGAACGAAUGUGCAUCCGUUUGAGACGCUGUUUAUGAAGAGUAAUCGGGAUAUUGAUCCGGUGGGCUUGGCGAGACAUUCGGAGUGGGUGGAAUUUGGAGCGGGGUAUAGCAGUUAUGAUUUUUGUAAGGUGCCGGAGAAACUAUGA